GUCACCUUCUCCUGCGUCAAAAAAAAAAAAAAAAAAUCGGAUGCCAAACAGAACUCUGCAAAAUGAGCCAUAAAGCGAGGACUAGCAGGAAACCUUUCUCCAGUUCGACCCCCUUUUUUCUUCCUCCUUCUGUUGACCUGCACCAACGCCACCACUGUCUCUCUCUCUUCCAUCACAACUUGAUUGCGUUGCUUUUUUGGUUCUCUGCCAUUGUCUCGCAGUUUCUCUGCUCUCGCUCUCUCUCUCUCUCUCUCUCUCUCUCUCUCUCUCUCUCUCUCUCUGAGAUAUGAUUUCGACCGGCGGAUGGGUUUCAUCUGCUCGAAUAAUUCAGGGGGCUCCUUUCUUCUUCUUCGUCUUCUGUUUCUUCUUCAACCCCGUUCUUUCCGCAACAAAUCCGAACUACACAGCCUGCGCCCCGCAGACCUGCGAUGGGAUCCUCAUCCAGUACCCCUUCUCCCUUUCUUCCCAAUCAGGCAGCGGAUGCGGCUACCCUGGCCUCAACCUCCUCUGUCUUGACAACAACCAGACCCUCCUCCUCCAGACCCCCACCCUCAACUUCACCGUCAGCGGCAUCGACUACUCUGCCCGCAGCAUCGAUGUAGCCAUCGACCCCAUGUACAUGGAAGGUCCUGGAAACUGCCGGUAUCCGCGGAAGAACAUGACCCUUGAAGACAUAAAGGGUACAACCGAUCCCCUCCCUUUCAUCUUCACCAACGGAGCCACGAUACAGGUGACCUUCUUCUACAAUUGCUCGACGCCUUCCAGUGGUAGCGGCAGUGGUGGUUACUCUGGGGAUGGCGGUGUUUACGAUUUCACCGUCAAUGUGGUCCCUUCUUGUUCUGCCGCUGCUUCGCGUUCCUACGCCUUCUUCGGCGCCGACUCGCCUGGUACGGUUGCCAUGAACUGCCAGUCCUCUGUGAUCUUCCCGGUGUCGGCGUCGUCUACUGUUAACAAUCUGGCAAGCACCUUGAGCGACAGCUUCUCCAUGAAUUGGACGGUCGACACCACGAUUUGCCGCGGUUGCUCUGGGUCAGAUGGGCGUUGUGGCUCUGACUCCAAGGGCAACUUCAUGUGCUUCUGCCAGGAUGAUUCUCAGAAUGAUUCUCACCUGGCCACCUGCAACCACUCCGGAGGCAAAAAAACUGGAAUAAUAGCAGGUGUGACCACAGCUUCUGGGCUUUUGAUCAUUGGAAUGUUUCUCACAUUCUUCUGGUUCCGUUACUAUCGUGCCAAAAAGCGUUCUUCCUCUACCAUCUAUACUAAAUCUACUACCUCCUCAAUGACUUCAAGCCAAUUUGAUCUGGAUAGCAGAAGCUUCCGGCAAAGGUAUGGUGGCAAUGUCACCAUCUUCACAUACAAGGAGCUCCAAGAAGCCACCAAUGAUUUCAGCUCCUCUAAUGAGCUUGGUGAUGGAGGAUUUGGCACUGUCUACCUUGGGAAACUCCAUGAUGGCCGCAAAGUAGCUGUCAAGCGCCUGUACGAGAACAACUACAGGCGUGUUGCACAAUUCAUGAAUGAAAUUGCGAUACUCUCCAACAUCAAUCACCCGAAACUUGUGCGCCUUUAUGGGUGCACUUCACGCCAUAGCCGUGAGCUGCUCUUGGUUUAUGAGUACAUAAACAAUGGAACAGUUAGUGAUCACAUUCGUGCUUCACAUGCUGGAAAGAGACACCUCAAAUGGAAAGUGCGGUUGACUAUAGCCAUUGAAACAGCUGAGGCUUUAGCUUAUCUUCACCAGCUAGAUCCACCAAUCAUUCAUCGAGAUGUUAAGACUAACAACAUCCUACUUGAUAGUAAAUUUCAUGUCAAGGUUGCUGAUUUUGGAUUAUCACGCCUUUUUCCAGCAGACGUGACCCAUGUUUCAACUGCCCCGCAGGGCACACCUGGUUACGUUGAUCCUGAUUAUCACAAAUGCUACCAAUUAACAGACAAGAGUGAUGUUUAUAGCUUUGGUGUAGUACUUGCAGAGCUCAUCUCUUCAUUGCCUGCUGUUGAUAUCAGAAGACACAGGCACGAGAUCAAUCUUGCUAAUUUGGCAGUCAACAAGAUCCAUAAUCAUGAACUACAUGAAUUUGUUGAUUCGUCUAUUGGGUUUGAGACUGAUGAGUGGGUCAACAGAACUGUGAGGGCUGUGGCAGAGUUGGCAUUCAGGUGCUUAGCAGCAGAGAAGGAGGUGAGGCCCAACAUGGAUGAGGUUGCCGAGUCAUUGAAACGUAUUCAAACUGGGGAGCAUUGUCCGGAGAAAAGAACAUCCACAGAAAUUAAGAGCGACACUGGUGCACUUCCAAAGCCUGAUGGCCCUCUUUCACCAAACUCUGUAACGGAUAAAUGGGAAAGCCACUAUACUACACCAAACAAUACACCUAACACCAGUACGGGAUAAGGUACACUCUCAUUGUUAGCUCAUGGAAUUCCAUUGUAGUUAAUGACAUCUUCUGGUCACAGUUUUUCUUUUCCCUGUAAAUAGAGAGUUGUUACUGUAUUUCUCUGUGUUUUCCAGUAGUAUCGCUGCUGUGUUUUUGCAGCUUCUGUUGUUGCUGGAAUUAUGUUGUAUGGUACAGCGGCUAUUCCAAUCCCAAUUGUUUGGUCCUACUCAUUAUCAGUGGGACUUACUAAGCAUCUGCUUGCUAUUUUAUUGUAAUAGUGGAUUUUGGUGUAUCAAGCUUACUGUGCGCAUCA